CGCUGGAAUUUCAGAAAACGUGCGCUUUAGGCAGAGAAAGUUGGGCGUUUGUGUUGCAAUGGGCCGCAAAAAAGCGCCGGGUACUGGAUCCCUCGGCCGGGCACUUAUCCGCCAUCAGACUCAGCGGAGCCGUAGCCACCGUCACACCGACUCCUGGUUGCACACAAGUGAACUCAAUGAUGGCUAUGAUUGGGGUCGCCUUAAUCUUCAGUCGGUGACUGAGCAGAGCUCCCUUGAUGACUUCCUUGCCACUGCAGAACUUGCAGGAACAGAGUUCGUAGCUGAGAAGCUUAACAUUAAGUUUGUGCUUCCUGAGGCCAAAACUGGACUGCUGUCUUUUGAGGAGAGCCAGAGAAUCAAGAAGCUCCAUGAAGAAAACAAACAGUUCCUGUGCAUACCAAGGAGACCAAAGUGGGACAAAAACACUAGUCCUGAAGAACUCAAACAGGCAGAGAAAGAUAACUUUCUAGAAUGGAGACGUCAGCUUGUCCGGCUAGAAGAGGAACAAAAGCUGAUAUUGACUCCAUUUGAAAGAAAUUUGGACUUUUGGCGCCAGCUCUGGAGGGUGAUUGAGAGAAGUGAUAUCGUGGUCCAGAUAGUAGAUGCUCGAAACCCACUCCUGUUUAGAUGUGAGGAUUUGGAAUGUUACGUGAAAGAAAUUGACGGCAGUAAGGAAAAUGUUAUUCUGAUAAAUAAGGCAGACUUGUUGACUUCUGAGCAGCGGCGUGCCUGGGCCACGUACUUUGAGAAAGAAAACGUGAAGGUGAUUUUCUGGUCGGCGCUGGCUGAAGCCGUUCCUGCUGACUCUAAGGAACAAGUGAGUGGAGAGGCUGAAGAAGGCAAAGGAACUGAUUCUGAAAACUCCAGCUGCGAUGAGGCUGAAAUUCCACGUGGUGAGGCUCAACAUCUCCUAGACAAGGAUUCUCCCUCAGUUAGUGAAGCUGUCCCUAGUGACGAAGACGAGAGUGAGUAUGAGGACUGCCAGGAGGAGGAGGAGGAAGAGGAGGAAGAUUGGCAGACAUGUUCAGAAGAGGACAACAACCCUAAUGAAGAAGCCUGUGGCCAGAACUGGGAGAGAAGCUGUGCGGUGGACUCUGAGGCUCAGGGCAUGAAACCCCCGCAGGAGAGGCAGACAUACAACUUGAGCCACCUGGUAUCAAAGCAGGAGUUACUGGACAUCUUUAAGCGGCUGCACACCGGGAAGAAGGUGAAAGAUCAGCACCUUACCGUUGGACUGGUGGGCUACCCGAAUGUGGGUAAGAGUUCAACAAUCAACACCAUCAUGGGCAACAAGAAAGUGUCCGUGUCUGCCACACCUGGGCACACCAAGCAUUUUCAGACUCUCUUUGUGGAACCUGGCCUUUGCCUAUGUGACUGCCCAGGCCUGGUGAUGCCAUCCUUUGUCUCUACCAAGGCGGAGAUGAUCUGCAGUGGAAUCCUCCCAAUUGACCAGAUGAGGGAUCACAUUCCACCUAUAUCACUAAUUUGCCAGAAUAUUCCAAGACAUGUUUUAGAAGCUACCUAUGGCAUUAAUAUCAUAAAGCCUAGAGAGGAUGAAGAUCCCCAUCGACCUCCAACAUCAGAAGAACUGCUGACAGCUUAUGGAUGUAUGCGGGGGUUCAUGACAGCGCACGGGCAGCCGGACCAGCCGAGGUCUGCACGCUACGUCCUGAAGGAUUACGUCAGCGGUAAACUUCUGUAUUGUCACCCUCCUCCGGGAAGAGACCCCGUGACCUUUCAGUAUCAACACCAGCGACUACGAGAGAACAGAUGGGAUGGUGGUGAAACAAAAACACAGCCAGGGGGGAAAAAAAGAGAACAGAUUGAAAAUGUUGUUGACAAAAGCUUUUUCCAUCAGGAAAAUGUGAGAGCUUUGACCAGAGGCGUGCAGGCUGUGAUGGGCUACAAGCCUGGGAGUGGCCUGGUGACCACAGCCACUGUGAGCUCUGAGAGCAGCACUGGGAAGCCCUGGAAAAAACAUGGCAACAGAAAUAAAAAAGAGAAAAGUCGUAGACUCUACAAGCACCUGGAUACAUGAAUGCAACAGAAAUGGCGUCUGCACUGUGCAUCUGGAAAAGAGCAGAAGCAGCUUCUUGCCUGUGGUGCCACAGGACGGACCCUGCUCUGGGGGUGCACAGCCCACCCAGCAGUCAGUGGCAGGACUGCGGAGCUCCCAGAAGCACCAGCUCUGCCUGCUGUAGACAUCUGAGAGCCCCAGAAGCCUCCUCCUAUAGAAGGCUGGGUUUAAGAAGGGGGGGUGGAUGUGAAUGUUUGUUUGUGUAAACAUAUGCAGACUUGUAAGUUGGAAAUUUUUUGAAAAGAUAUUAAAUUUCCAGAUGUA